AUGAAAUCCUCACUACGGGACAUCUUCUGGGCGUUCGUGGUUCGCCUGAUUCUCAUCUGUCACACGUUUGUCGCCUACUGGCGCAUCACGGAUGUCACGCAGAACGGCACUUAUUGGUAUCUGCUCAUCCUCAACGUUUUAGUGUUGGGCGAAACGUUUUACAGAAUCAAAGUCAAGCGUGGCAAAGAAGCAAAAUGGUUCUGUCCCUGCUUCCUGUUUUACCUGAUCUGCACCGUUCCAGCGAUAUACAUCCUAGAGCUGGAUCGCCUGGAGGCUUACAACAAGAUCUUUAACGAUCAGAAUAUAACACAGAGCGUUGGUCUGUCCACGUUUCAAGGGGUAACUUUGCCAAUCACUUUGAACCCAGAUAUCUGGGUGUCCGUCAUCGAACAGUCCAUGCUCUUUCUCAUGAUUCUGGGACGCUGGCUGCUACCAAGAGGCGGGCUGUCUCGUGAUCAACUCUCCCAGCUCCUGUUCGUGUACAUCGGCAUGGGGUCAGACAACAUGGAACUGUUCGUCCUGUUCGAGGAGUCCCCCGUGAGACAGGACCGACUCUUGACGUUCGGGAUCCUCGGCAUCUGGACGAUCAGUCUGAUCCAGUUCAGCGUGGUUCUCACGGCCACGAAGAAGUCGAAGUCAAAAACCAAGAGCAGAGUAACUCCUUCAGGUUCAGAAGAUCUUGUCGAGCACAAGGAAUCGUGUGUUGUCGGCUGCUUCAGAACGGAACUGUGGAGUCUGGUUCUGACGUUCUGCUGUCAGGAUGGACCCUACCUGUCGAUUCGCCUCUACGCCAUGAUAGCACACCGACUCAUCACCUACAGCAUCAUCUUUUUCACAUGCAAGAACCUCUUUAUCAUAGGACUGCUGCUGUACCGUCUGUUCGUGAUGUGCUUUGACAAAGAGGACGAGGAUUCUCCCAAAGAGGACAUUGUGACUAGGCCCAGGAAAUCACAACUCUGGCCCAGAAGACUUCCUCGCAAUUCUACAAGCUCCGUGAUCAGCGAACAGAGAAAUGGGGUCAAUGGUCAAAUGUCGCCGAAUGAUUCGGUUUUCGAACGAAAUGAUUAUCGUAGGCAGCCGUCCUCAAAUUCAAAAGGAAGCAAGAAACUUUCGGUUAUUUCUUUAGACAUAUGA